AUUGGAUCUCGGGUCGGAAUCGGUACAUGGCAAGGUACCAGGAGGUGUGCCAUUAAAGCCAGUGGUGAAGACUGGUGGCAGCCUAGUGACCAGGCUACGAGAGCCCACGCAAGAUGAAGCUGCUUCUGCUUCUUCUCCUUGUUGCCAUCACUUGCAUGGAGUUUGCCAGAACCUUGCAGUGCUACUCCUGCAUUGAACCUACAGCUGCUGAUAAGUGCACGAAGGUCCAGAACUGCAAUGAGAAUGAAACCAUGUGCAAGACAACCAUGUAUUCCCUGGAGGAGGUUUAUCCCUUUGUGGGAGUCUCAACCGUCACCAAGAUGUGCUCCUCCAUCUGCAUCCCAUCUGAUGUGGAUGGGAUUGGCAUGACGCGCCCCGUCACCUGCUGUUACGCUGACUUGUGCAACUCUGAUGGUACAGAUAAUUUGGGGGUCAGGGUUGUCCCAGUUGGCAUGUUAGCAAGUUCCCUUUGCGCUCUCUUCUGGACUAUAUUAUGAGGAGCUGAGGAAGGUGCUUUUCUGCCAAAGAACCCAAUGAAGAAGAGAAUGAACCCCAGCCCAGCUUUGCAUUAAGAUGCCUCAUGGACUACCUUCAACAGCUCCCACAAAUUGUGUUUUUAGUACCCACCCACCUGCCAUGAGAGAAACAAAGCUCAGGAAGUCCCAACACUAAUUUUUGGGUUCAUUCUUCAACAGCUCCCACAAAUAUAACUCUGGAAUUUCUUUGCUUUGCUGAUCUGGUUGAUUUUGAACUAAAAAAAAAUCUGGUGUAUAUGAUAUAUUUAAAGCAAAAGACAUGGAACUAAGCGCUUUCCACACCUCCUUAGAGCAUUCUUUUUCCCCAGGUAUUCACCAGCAGAGUAGCUGAAUCAAACAGCCUUAGAUUAAAUUCACUUUUAUGUGUCAGGGCCUCUCCACCCCACAGUUUUUUGUUGGUUCUUUGUUCUGUCUAGAUUUCCUUAGUGUGUAAGAAGUUGGACUUUCAAACUAUGAGACAGGAGACUAAACUUCCUAUGCCAGUGAUCUGAUCCAAGGAGGCUGAAAUCUCUUGUUUUCUGUACCCUUCUGAGCAGAAUAAAAAUGUUGUGUUAAAAUUGUA